CAAAGAACUAGAAUUUGUAGUUAGUCACAAAUUGAAGGAGAAUAUGAAUUCUUUUGUGCAGGAAACCGAAAAUUGCAGUGGAGAACUAGCCAAAGACCAACCUUCAGUUAAAGAACCUGGAAACUUUGUUUCUGACUUCAGUCAGAAAUUUGAUAGAUCAAUAGGAGAAAAAGAAGAAAAAUUAAUACCAAGUGAGCGGUUGGCUCACAGCAUUCCAGUGGAAGAGAUACUUCAACAAAAACUGAGCCCAGAACAAGAAUCAGUGUUGGAUAACUUUAAUCAAAUGCCUAAAAUAACAGGAGACUGUGUAUAUAUGGAUUUUGUGCAAAGGGAAAACAAGCUAAAGGAACAGCUGGAUAUGUUGAAAACUGAACAGAGCGAUUUAAAAUUACAGAUGGAAGCCCAACGUAUUUGUCUCCUUAUGGUUUACUCAGCGCAUGUGAAUCAGGUGCGUGAAUACAUGGAAAAUGAAAAAGAGAAUGCACUUUCUGCUCUUAAAGAAGAGCUCCAGCUACGUCAUACACAAGAGUCGUGUGAACUAAAGGAAAGUCAGAUUGUGGACAAUCGAAAAACAGAUGAAAAAGACCAGUCUGCAUGGGUGCAUCUGGAAGAACUUAGCAAGAAAGUAGUUGAAGAAUGUUCAAAGCUCACUAAGUCAGUACGUGAAAUUUUUCCUGAACUUUUUUCAAAUGCUACUGAACUUGAUGUUGGUGAGAGAAAUCAUUCUAAUUCAGCAUUAAUGCCAACAGAAGACUCUCAAGUUUUGCAAGGAACCUUACAAAGUCUCCUGAAUAAUACAAUGGAAACGACCCAGAGGCUACUAGAAUACCAAGUAGAAUUCAUAGAAAGCAGAAAAAAGAUGGAAGAUCAACAGACAUCCCAUGCUGAUUAUAAUGAUAAAGAGACUGGCUCUCUUCAACAGAAUGUAGAAUCUUGGCCUACUGCAUCUCAAGAUCUAGUUGACAUUAAAGUUAAGUCAGUUUCUCAGGAAGAAGUAGAGAACUUGAAAUUUCAAUUAGAAGAACAAUAUGCCCCCAAAAUUGAGCAUCUUUGAUCAUAUUUCCAUCAGCAGUUAAAAGAAACUGAAGAAAAAUAUUUUAUCGAGAUAGUUCACCUAUAGAAUAGACUCCAAAUUGCCAGUGCAUCUUCUGAAAAUUCCAGUGUUUCUGUGAAGUCACAUGUAAAUGAAGAUAAGCAGGAAGCAAAACAUGUUGAAGGUGAUA